AUGAACACAUCAAAUAGCGAUUUGAAAAAGGAAAAUUUAUGGGACGGCCACGAUGUGAGCUUACACAAAGGCGAUACGAGCCGCAACACGUAUAGCAACAAUAGUGGCAGUAAUGGGAAGAAGACGAAAAAGAAGAAGAAUGAAAAGUCGAAUUUCUUGGCCAAUGAAUACAAGGACACCUUCCACGUGGAGGGUCUACCUACGCGUAACAAUAACGUGAAUAUAUAUUAUGGCAAUGAGGAAGACGUCAAUCACAGUGCCAUCAACGACGACGAUGACAUUUUUGGGAGUGGAGGAAACACUUUCCUUAAUAAGAAUUUAACAACGGUCAAUUUGAGUGACAUGAAAAGGGGAGGAGGGCCCCCCCAUGGUACAAGCAACUCAAAUGGAAUCGCCAAUUUUGAUGGCAGUUUCGGUGUAGCGGCAUACAGCGGAUAUAACCUAAGCAACAACACUGGUAGCCCCCUCAACCUUUCGAUUGCCCAGGGUGUAGCUAAUCAAAUGGGAAGCGCCGCGAACGAGAGCGGCAGUCGAGGAUAUCACAGCAAUAAGAGCGGCAUGUAUCACCAGAGGGGCCCCCUCGAACAAGAAUUCAAUGCCGGAGAUGUGCACGAAACGCCCUUGGGAAACGUCCCGAGCGGAAAAAUGAACAUAAUUAAUCUGAGCGACAACGAAAAUGACGACGACUGGGGGGUCGAAACCGCCUCGAGAAGCAGCCUUGAGGGCGGAGGAAACAACUCGUUUGACCUGUUCCCCUUUUUUAAAAGUCUGAACCGAAUCAGAACAAAGCUCUUGUGCUACUACGACGUGGACAGCGACGUGAUCAUAUACAGGUGCAUGUGCGCGCUGCUGCCUUACCUGAAGGUGGACAAGUCGUACGAUUCCAUGGACAGCUUGGACGACAUUGAGAAGAACGCGGGAGAGGCGAGCGCCGGGCGCAGCCGCAGGGACCAGCGCAAUGGGAGAAGUGGCGUCAAAGGUGGCAGCAAAAGUGGUGGCAACAAUUACGGUAGCAAUGGCGGCAGCAAUGACGGCGUCGCCAGCGCGGACGAAAACGAAGCCGACGACGAGAACGCGAACAUAAGAAAAAUCAGCAACGUGAAUGACGCCUUCGACUACUAUGACAACAAGCUGAGCAUAGAGGGGAACCCAGACCUGUAUGGAUUUGUGUGGGUGAACAUCUUCAUUUCCUUCACCAUUUUUUUUCUUUUCAACUGGAAAAAUAUCUUUUUCGGGGACUCCCCCGAUGGUGCCACCUCGAGUAGCGAAGAAACAAACAACCAAGCGUACGUCACGCAGAACAAAUUAAACAUUCUGUACACCACUUUAAUUUUUUUAUAUCUCUUCAAUACGCAAACGCCUUUAUUAAUAUACGUCACAAAUUUCUUUGUCACGAAAAGGGUGUUUCCCAUCAGGUUAUCCUUUCUCAUUUCGCUAAUGAGUUAUAACAACGUAAUUUUGUUCCCCCUCAUUUUGUUAUACAAAUUUACCUUAAUAAAUACGAGCCUUUCGUUUGUUCUCUUCCUUUGCAGUGCCCUGCGUUUUUUUAUUUUUGCCUACUACAUGAUGUCCUCCCUAUUUUAUAUACACAAAUACACCAUCCGCACUUUUCGCAACAAUUUUUCUGAUAACGUCAUUUAUAUGUACUAUGGAAUUUUUUGCCUGUCCUACCUUUUGUUAUACCUUCAGUUGAGGAACUACAUAUUCAGUUAUUUGUGA